CACCAACCACGCACAACAGCAGCAUUGUCACAACAACACAAUCACAUGGCCAUCAUGGGGCGAGCGAGCGCGUGGGUGACAGGGCUCAAGGACAGCCUGCUGGCAGAUGACUGGAGGGUGUUUGCAGCCGGCAUGCUGGCGGGUGCAAGCAUCACUGGUGUUGGCGUGUGGCUGUGGUCUCGGCGAUCGGAGAGCUCCGGCACGCUGGCGGCGCUGCGUGACAUCUCAGCGACGCUCAAAUCCAUCGAUGCAAACAUCGCCAAGCAGCAGGGCCAGCAGCGGGAGAUGGCGACGCAGAGGGCACGGUCAAUGACCCCGUUUGGCCUGAGCGAAGGCGAAGAGGAAGAAGAGGAAGAAGACUUUUAUGAUGAGGACGAGGAGUUCCAAGAGGCAACAGAUACGCUCAUGGUCGGCGAAGCGGAAACCGCGCGAUCACAAAAGCCAAGUCAGCGACAGCAACAGCGCACACGCGCAGCUGCGGCCAAGCCGUCGCUAUUUGAGCAAAUCGACGCAGAGUACGAGGCAUCCAAUCAGAAGAAAGCCCUGGACCUUGUGCUGCAGCACCAGGAUGAGCUCGAGCAGACCGUGGAUGGGCUAUGGAGGAUAGCUCGGUCCAUGUAUGACAAGUCCACGUUCUCCAAAGGAUCUGAACUGACUGUGCUGCAAGAGGCACAACCGAUUGCCCGCCGGGCCAUUGACCAGGACCCGACAUGUUCAGAGGCGCACAAGUGGUAUGCUGUGAUCACGGGUGCCAUGGCUGAGCACGUGUCGCUGAACGAGAAGUUGCAGUGCGGACAUGUGUUCAAGCAGCACGUGGAGGAGGCCAUCCGUCUCAAUACGAACGACGGGCUUGCGUACCACUUGCUCGGGCGGUGGUGCCUCGAGGUUGCCGGCCUGUCGUGGUGGGAGAAGAAGGCCUGCGCUGCUCUCAUUGGCGCCCCACCAGAGGCCACAUAUGACGACGCUCUCAGCAACCUCCUCAAGGCGCACAACUUGAAGCCAACGUGGCCACUCAACAUCCUCUUCAUCGGAAAGUGUUACUUGAAGCUGGGAAACAAAUCGCGGGCAGCAGAGUGGUUCGAGCGUUGCACCCAGUGCGAACCAAAGACAGACGAGGACCGCGAGCUGAUUCAAGAAGCCCGCUCUCUCAUGUAGACUCUUCCUCUUGUCGUUGCUGGUGUUGUUGUGCAGCUGUGGGGGUGGUGCUUUUGCUCUCGCUUUCGUGCAUGGUUGCGUGCUUUCCCCUCGUGGAUGCUUGUGUUAGGUUUUGUACUUUGCUUGAUCGGUUACAGUAGAGGCGAUUGAUUACACACCGCUUUGCACACCGCACACAGGCC